CAAUUAUAACAGUGGGGUCCUCGCCGCAAAGACAGGACUCUUGAUUUGGGAAAGAGUGCGUAGACGAAAAGGUUAUCUGCAUUUGAAGAAUAUUUACACAGCUACAUCGAAAGAGAAGUGCUCAGAUAGAGCAGGACACAACAGUUGUCGCACCAGCUAGCGAUUUUACUGCAGAACGCAAUAUAGCGAUCACGCACUGAGAGCGAUGGACUUAGAGGAGGAUCACAUAGUCCCCAGAGACGUCCUGCCGGUGGUCGUCAUCGGUAAUGGGCCUUCUGGGAUUUGUCUGUCGUAUCUGCUGUCGGGGUACGUGCCCUACCUGUCGCCCGAGGGCAGUCACCCAAAUCCCAUCCUUCACAGCAAGCUGCAGCAUCACCCGCACCUGUCCCUGCUGGAGCAGGAUCUGGAGUACCUUUGCGAAGGCCUGGAGGGCCGCUCGUCCAACCCGGUGGCAGUGCUCUUUGAUUCGCUCCUCCUGCCCGACAGCGAUUUCGGGGCGGACUACCCCUCUCCCCUCGUGUGGCGCUACGAGCCGGAGCGGGCUAUCCCACACGUGGUCCUGGGGAGGGGCCCUCCCGGGGGCGCCUGGCACGCCAUGGAGGGCUCCAUGCUCACGCUCAGCCUGGCCAAUUGGAUGGAGCUGCCGGGGUUGAAGCUGAAGGACUGGGUGCGAGAGAAACGCAGGAGUGUGCGUAACGACCGCGCCACCCCGGCCGAGAUCGCCUCGUACUACCAGCACUACGUGACGCUGAUGGGCCUCCAGGAGCGCUUCGUCUGCGGCACCACGGUGACGUCGCUGCGCCGCGUCUCCACGGCGACCGGCGAGGCCUGGCGGGUCAGCGGGCUGCGGCGGGAGGCGGGGGCGGAGCUCCCCUUCACCCUGUACGCCGAGAGGGCGGUGCUGGCCACCGGCACCCACGACAUCCCCGCCCGCCUGGGCGUGCCGGGGGAGGGCCUCCCCUUCGUCUGCCACGGCUUCUCCGAGCUGGAGGCCGCCAUCGCCGCCGGCCGCCUCGGCCAAUCGGCGGACCCCGUGCUGGUGGUGGGGGCGGGGCUCACGGCCGCCGACGCCGUGCUGGCCGCCCGUCACCUCAACGCCCCCGUGAGGCACGCCUUCCGGCGCGCCGUCAACGACCCCGCCCUCAUCUUCAACCAGCUGCCCAAGGUGCUCUACCCCGAGUACCACAAGGUGCACCAGAUGAUGACUCAGCAGCAGGCCGGCGGGGAAACGUCGAGCGAGCCCACCUGCUCCGGCUCCUACCCGGGCUACGUCAGCUUCCCCCGGCACCGCGUGCUGGCCUUCCGCCCGGACCGGAAGUGCGUUCUGGAGGGAGACGGGGGCCAGAGGACGGUCCUCCAGGUGUCCACGGUCCUGGUUCUAAUCGGUUCUCACCCCAACCUGUCCUUCCUGCCGGGCAACGGGCAGCCCCUGGGCGUGGAGCCCGGAGAGCCCAUCAGCUGCCGCAGGAACCCGCUGCAGGUGGACCCCUACACCCACGAGUGCGCGGGGGAGCCGGGGCUCUACGCCAUGGGGCCCCUGGUGGGGGAGAACUUUGUGCGCUUCCUGAAGGGCGGGGCCCUGGCCAUCGCGGCGCACCUGGGGCGGGGACGCAGGGGGGAGGGAGAGCGGUCCGGCGGGCGGGACGAGCUACCCCGCGCGCCCGAUUCCUGAUCGGGUCGGACGGGUCGGACCGAUGGGGGUCUUCCUCCGGUCUGGCCGGCUGAAGAACUGCUCACAGGAUCUACAGGAAGCCCCAUCUGGGGCGGCAAUCCCAUUAGACUAGAGAGAGGGCCUGGAGGACCAAUGCUGUGCUGGAUGUGUGGAGAGGGGCCGGGGCUCUGUCUGCACUUUGACCCUGAUCGAUUGGGCAGCUCUGUAAUGUGUACACAGGACAUUUGUCCUUUUUGUACAGGUAGGGCUUGUAGCCUGAUUCAGCAGGAAACAUCAACAUCCACAACCUGAAUGUCUCAGCCCGGGGGUUUGUCAGUAACAAUAACUCACGCAAACCAGCAUACACGGCUUUUACGUUGUUUGCCCACUGAUGGCAGAAAAGAGUGUUCAGCAGUGAAUGUGAAGGCUAGCAGCUGCUAGAAAUUAUGAUUCUGGGUUCUGAUUUCUGAUUGUGUAAAAACCACAGUCCUGCUUUUAGUCUCCCUCUUGCCGUGCAAGGCUGACGGGUGGGCCGUAUUUGGUUCCCCAAAAAAUUGCGUCAUUCUAUUUAAAGCAAUGAUUCAUCUCUCCAGAAAUUCCUCUGGAAUGCAAAGGAGGUUUCGCAUGUUUAUUUAUAAAGUGCAAUUCCCCAUAUACUCACAAGAUGGCACCAGACAGGCAAUAAUUGAACUUCAAAUAUUUGCAGACAUCAACUUGCUUGACUUUCCUUUCCCAUCUUCACUGGUAUUGGGUCAGUUAGUGAAAUUGAAAUUCUAUAAAAAUGUAAAACGAUGUUAAAUUAAUCUUACAAGGGCGUUUUUCGGUGGGAUAAUUCAUGUAUAUAUUGAUUUUCGUUCCACUAAAUUAUGUCAGCUGACCGAAGUGCACACAAUCUAUUUUUCCAAAUAUACCAUCUUCAGGCAAUAAAUACAUUUAAAAACGGUAAUUGCUGAAGUGGCAGCUGUUGGAUGUGCUGAAUUGGAAUAUGAAGAAGGAAGGAUGCUGGCCAACUCCUCACAAAACUCUGACAUUAAAACCUGGUCAUUCAAAGCCUGAGGAACAAUGUACCUCAUUCGCUAUCAGCACUCAGCAGCCCUGGUCCUCGCGUGGACGACGUUUCGGAGCAUUUGGCUCGUCCAGAUGAAUGUUUUUAUUUGGAAUUUGAGCCGAAAUGGAGAAAUGCCAGCACGUCGAUUAAUACUAAAUACUAAUAUUAAUAUUAUUACGCCUGCCGAUUAAUGCAGUUUUUAUUGUGGACGGAGCAAAAUCCAGGAACAUCUCUGCCACUCCAGAACCAGGCCUGUCUAUCGCUGUAUGAAGCAAUACUGAAGUGUGUGUGUGUGUGUGUGUGUGUGUGUGUGUGUGUGUGUGUGUGUGUGUGUGUGUGUGUGUGUGUGUGUGAGAGUGUGUGAGAGAGAGAGAGAGAGAGAGAGUGAGAGUGUGAGUGUGUUUGCGUGCUUGUGCAUUAUACACCAUUACUACUAAUAUCAACACAACAUUUAUAUUUUUAUAAUCCAUAUAAUUUCCGUGUCAGUAACAAAGUACAGAUUUGCUGCAUGUUCUAGUUUCCAUUUGUUUGCGUUUAAGUGAACAGACAUUCCUCACAAGCCACUCCUGAAAGAGAUUAAGCGCAGUCCUGUUUUUUUGUGUUGGGAAAGAAAGAAAACAAUGAGUGGUACGUGAAUGUUACAUUCAUAUUUGUUUAUCCAGACCUAAUGGGGGAAAAUGCACUGGCUAAAGCUAUGUUAAUAUUUGCCAAUAAAUUAAAAUGUUCUGUAUAAAAUUAAGAAGACGAACUCAAACUAUUGCGUUGUGUUUGCAUUUUGACUGUAAGACCUGGUCAUUGUUAAAUUUCCUUUAUUUGGAAGUCAAAUUUGAUAUUGUAUAUAUUUGUCAUCAGCCAGUGGUUUUGAAAGGGGCAUACCCUUUUAGCUUGUGUAUUACUUCGAGAUCUGGCGGAGUUUAAAAUGGAACGCCUCCGUUUUAUCAUCAGUGCUGUUACCUUACCCAACCCGCACGCAAUGGUCGCGUUAGCCCGUGGAAUUCUGCAUCUUUCGAACACAGGACAUUUCAAAAUCUGCAUUUUACACUUCACUUGCGUUGUGAUAAAAUGAACGUUUUUGCCAUAACGUCAGCUAUAUACAUUUUAGUAUGGCAUUUGUCACAGAAGUCGGAUGAAGCGUCAGGAUUAGUAGGACUAAAUAAAAUGCAAGUCAUGUUUCGAGUUUUGGUUAAAACACCGGUCUGCCACACAGGCUAAAUUUCAUUAUAAUAUUUAUAAUUUACUCUUGCUCUUACAUGUCGUUUUUGCAUUCCAAUUAAGCACUUUCUCUUUUAAUCUUGCAAUGUUGUGUAAACGUUAUGAUCAAUUUAUGUAAAUAUUAUGAUCAGGUGAAGGUUCAGGUCUGGGUCAUUGCCCGUAGCAAUCUGGGGGGGAAAAACCUUGCAAUAUCUGCAUUUGAAGAACGCAGCGUGUUUUUUUUUCUUCACUGAGAUUUGACUCUUUUUCUGCGUGAAAAAUGCAGGAUCCUGUGUUAUCGCGACCACGGACAACAUACACCUUUCGAGUAGGCUUUAAGAACGUGAUCUGUACUUUGAUCGAUAUACUUUAGACACAUUUUAUAUGGUUGUUUGUACGGAUACCCUACCCAUUGAUUCCUCUGGCUUAUUGUUUUGGCACAUUGUGUAUAUUUUUAUCUGCUGAGAGUCAUCGUUACUCAUCUGAAUUGUGUGUAGUUCAUUUCUGCUUUCAUGUUUGUUAGUUAAAGUAGGUCAUGAGCACUACUGUGGUGAUUGACUGGUUUAAAGGACCCAACGCUGAUCUAUGAUUAUUUGGCGCGUCUGAAAAAAAACGCUCUCCCUCAUUUAUUUUGCCGUAAUACUCUGGGGUUUUUAAAGACGAGCGCCCUCCCUGUUCCUGACACUGUUGUGUUGGGGUUUCUGGUACUCUCGUCUGAACCAGAAGGGUUUGGGUUUAAGUCCAGCAUAGAUCUGUCUUAUAAUGGUGCUUCUCAAGAAUGCAGCUGAAUAAAUGGAUACGUCAGAUAUUUAUCACACAGGGUUAGAAGAUAAGUAAAGUUAACUUAAAGUUCAAUAAUAUAAUGAUUAUCAGGGGGACCUGUGUGGUGUGUAUUGCCAACAUGACCUUGCCUUAAGAUGUCCACCCUCUCUCCGUAUGCAUACUGGAAUUCUCAGACCCACGUCGUUGUGGUCCAGACUGUCUGCACUGAAAAGUCUUUCGUGGUUGAAGCAUGUUCCUGGCUGCUAUUUCAUUUUUAUACUGCUUUCCUGAAUCUGUGGAACAUUCAAUUCAUUUUCGAGGCUCUUUUUCCUAUCAGUGGUUUGAUAAUAAAUAUGCAUUGUUUGCUAAUUUAA